UCGAUCCCUUUGAAAAAGAGGAAGAAGGAAACUCCAGUUCCAGUAGAUCGAGAAGCGUCAGCUGGCUUAUUCCCUGGGGUCUGCAUAUUCCUGGUGGAGCGCAGGAUGGGAGCAGCACGACGGGGCUUCCUCGCAGCACUGGCACAGAGGAAAGGGUUCUCCGUGGCUCAAGAGUACAGCGAUGCAGUGACACAUGUAGUGUCGGAGCAGAAUUCUCUCGCUGAGGUCCUCGGCUGGAUCGAGGGGAAGACUGGAUGUGGGGUUCAAAGAACAGGACGACAGAAGUCUCCACAUUUCCUGGACAUCAGCUGGUUCACGGAGAGCAUGAGUGCAGGAGAGCCGAUGUCUGUGGAAGGCAGACAUUGUUUACAGGGUGACAGAACUUCUUCCUCCACUGACAAAGCUGAUCAUUCUGCUGUACUGCCCUAUGCCUGCCAACGGCGAACGCCAUUGAUGCAUCAUAAUUCACAGAUCACAGAUGCCCUGGAGAUCUUGGCACGAGCAGCGUCUUUCCGAGGUUCAGAGGUUCGAUAUCUGGGUUUCACCAGGGCAGCAUCCAUGCUGAAGUCUCUGCCAUACAAACUACAGUCUGUAGAAGAAGCCGAGGAUCUGCCGUGGUGUGGCGGGCACUGCAAAUCCGUCAUCCAGGAAAUCCUGGAGGACGGAGUGUGUAGAGAAGCUGAGGCGCUCAAAGCAAGUGAGCAUUACCAAUGUAUGGAGCUGUUGACCAGCAUUUUUGGCGUCGGGGUGAAAACAGCAGAGCGAUGGUACAAAGAUGGAGUGCGGAAGCUGGAUGACCUGAAAGACCCAAAGUUUAAACUGACAACAGAACAGAGACUAGGGCUGGAACAUUACACAGACUUGCGGCUUCCUGUAACACACGAGGAGGCUGACCGUGUACAAUGUAUGAUAAGAGAAGCUCUGCAGACGUUUGUCCCUGACAUCCAGAUUACAAUGACUGGUGGCUUUCGCAGGGGGAAGCAGCAGGGCCAUGAUGUAGAUUUCCUCAUCACGCAUCCCGAUAACAGUGCAUUGACUGGGCUACUGAAGAAAGCUAUGGAUUGGCUGGAUGGGAAGGGUUUACUGUUGUACCGGCACAGGAAGGAACGUUCUCAUGCACCUCACAGAUUAAACAGGAAUAUGGAUGGUCACGAAACUUGCUAUUCCAUCUUUGCCCUUCCUAUCGGUGACUUGAAGUCAGAGCGUGACUCGGUGAGCUCUGGUGUGGCGCGCAGCAUUGGUGACAGCUCGGGCGUCAGUUCUCCGAUCUGGAAAGCUGUCAGAGUCGAUUUAGUGGUCACACCUUACUCGGAAUAUCCAUAUGCCCUUCUGGGCUGGACAGGAUCAAAGCACUUUGAGAGAGAGCUGCGACGCUUCUCAUUGCAGGAAAAAAAGAUGACUCUCAGCAGCCAUGGACUCUUCGAUGGAGACACGAAAUGUUCCAUCGCGGCAACAUCUGAGGAAGAGAUCUUUGCAUAUUUGGGUCUGGACUACGUACCUCCUUCAGACAGAAAUGCCUGA